AUGUCAUCACCUCUUGCAGGCCCCUUGUUUAUACUUCUAGUGGCGUGUGUUCUUUUGCUCUACGUGAAAAGCCUUUCGCAGAAACGCUUACCCCCGGGCCCUCGAGGGUUGCCAUUGAUUGGAAAUGCGCUGCAGGUGCCAGCUGGUCGAGAAUGGGCCACAUUCGCUGCUUGGGCCCAGAUGUAUGGAGACUUCAUGUACCUCUCCGUCUUUGGAAGGCCUAUGGUCGUGUUGACUUCCCCAGAUGCCAUCUCCGAUCUGCUCGAGAAACGAGGCACCAUCUAUGCCGAUCGGCCAAAGCUGACCAUGUCAGGAAUGAUAGGGCAUGACGACGGCGUCCCACUUGCGCCGUAUGACCGCCAACACAAGGAACGCCGAAGGCUUAUCUUGAAUGCGCUUGGUCCACGAAACGCGACCGAGAUGCAGCAGAUCCACGAGGAUAAGAUGGCACAGCUGCUGCCACGAAUCCUGGAAUCCCCUUCACAGUUCCAUCAGCAUAUCCGAUGGCUCGUGGCGAGCAUCGUCUAUCAAUUCACUCACGGACACGUUGUCCACGACUCUCACGACCGUCUGUUCCAGUUAGCAGAUCAAGUGAAUCAAGAUUUUGCACGUACUAUCGCCCCGGCUGCUUUUCUCGUGGAUAUAUUUCCCUUCCUACGCUAUUUACCCGACUGGUUCCCUGGCACGGGCUUCAAAGCAGUUGCAAAGGAGAUGCGUAAAACCUGGGUGCGGCUCCGCGACGAAGCCUAUGACGACAUCCAAGCACAGGUCGCCAAGGGCAUGGCCCAACCAUCAUUCACAGCAAACCUCAUAGAAAGCAACCCAGAACGAACGCCUGAAGAAGAUUUCUUGUAUAGGAAUGUGUCCGCUUCAUUUUACGCCGCUGCUUCUGACACUACUGUCUCAGCGAUUGAGUCUUUCUUCCUUAUCAUGGCACUCUAUCCACACAUUCAGACUAAAGCACAAGCCGAGAUUGAUGCAGUUGUGGGCUCCGCCCGCCUCCCUACAUUUAGCGACAAGCUGAAGCUGCCAUACAUCGAGGCACUAAUCAAGGAGAUCCACCGCUGGAAUCCUGUCGUCCCGAUGGCCGUACCGCAUCGAGCAAUGCAAGAUGACGAAUACAGGGGAUAUCACAUCCCGGCCGGGUGUACUGUCAUUGCUAAUAGUUGGGCUAUCUUACAUGACCCGACGCUGUACCCGGAUCCGUUUGAGGUUAUUCCAGAACGAUACCUAAUAAAGACUGACGGCCGGCGCAAUCCGGAUCCUCGAGCUUGGGCUUUCGGAUAUGGGCGAAGAUCGUGUCCAGGCCAGGUACUCGCCGAGGACACAUUAUUCCUUGUUGUCACCACCAUACUUGCGACGUUCGACAUAUCAAAGCCGCUGGGACCCGAUGGUACUCCUCUAGAGCUCGACGCAACUUACUCGGGCUCGUCGAUUAGCCAUCCAAGUCGGUUUGAAUGCAAUAUCACGCCGAGGUCGCAAGACAUAGCACGACUAAUUAAGAGUAUGGCAGACAUCGCUGGGACCCAGGACGCCGGCUUAUUGUGA